UUUACUCUAUCUCUCUCUCUCUCUCUCUCCCUCUCUCUCUAUUUCUUGCUACACAUAAAGACCCCAAGAAGACAAUAAGAGUGUUUCUUGAUUCUUUAUUUGGGGUUUGAGAUGAAGAGAUCUAUCUUCAAUGGCUUUGGAAAUGGUGAGAGCUUGAGGAGAUUAUAAUAAAAAAUCAAGGGUUGUUUUUUUGUCUUCUUUUGCUCACUUUCUCAUUCUUUAAUAUCAAAGAAAACGUUUUGGGUAUUGAUGGGAGGAGUGUUCGUGUUGAGGAAACCCAGAAACGGCAAUAAAUGCCGUCGUUUCGAUCGAUGCAAUACAAUGAGACAAAGGGAAACAGAGUUGUUCUCAGAAGAAACAAGAAUGAUAACAAGAGAAAGAAGACGAGUAAGAAGAAGAAGAAGAAAAAGCUUCUUCUUAGAUAUGAUCCUUUUGUUCCGUACAUGUUCUUCUAACAUUCUUUUCCUCUCUCUUCUUCUCUUGUCUUCUUCUUCCUCUGUCUUUUCCAAUAAUCUCUCACCGAGAAACCAAACUCUCCGGCCACUGGAGGAACUUAAUAAGCUCAAAUCCAUUCAUCAACAUCUCGGGAAGAUCAAUAAACCUGCCGUCAAGACGAUUCAUAGCCCUGACGGUGACAUCAUAGACUGUGUUUUAUCACAUCACCAACCAGCAUUUGAUCAUCCCAGAUUAAGAGGACAGAGGCCACUGGAUCCUCCAGAGAGGCCAAGAGGGCAUAACAGGAGAGGAUUGAGACCAAAGAGCUUCCAGUUAUGGGGAAUGGAGGGAGAGACAUGUGAUGAAGGAACAGUCCCUAUCAGGAGAACAAAAGCAGAAGACAUUCUCAGAGCUAACUCUGUUUCUAGCUUUGGCAAGAAACUCAGACAUUUCAGAAGAGACACUAGCAGUAAUGGCCAUGAACACGCGGUGGGAUACGUGAGCGGAGAGAAAUACUAUGGUGCAAAAGCAAGCAUAAACGUGUGGGCACCCCAAGUUCAGAACCAAUACGAAUUUAGCUUAUCUCAGAUUUGGAUCAUCUCUGGUUCCUUUGGUAAUGAUCUCAAUACCAUUGAAGCUGGCUGGCAGGUGAGUCCAGAGCUCUAUGGAGAUAACUACCCAAGAUUCUUUACUUAUUGGACUAACGAUGCAUAUCAAGCAACUGGUUGCUACAAUCUCUUGUGUUCCGGUUUUGUCCAAACCAAUAGUGAGAUUGCGAUUGGAGCUGCAAUAUCUCCCUCAUCUUCAUACAAGGGUGGACAGUUCGAUAUUACUCUCCUUAUUUGGAAGGAUCCGAAACAUGGGAAUUGGUGGCUAGAAUUCGGGUCGGGUAUUCUAGUCGGGUAUUGGCCAUCGUUCUUGUUCACACACCUGAAGGAGCACGCGAGCAUGGUCCAAUACGGUGGCGAAGUCGUGAAUUCGAGUCCUUUUGGGGCUCAUACUUCAACACAGAUGGGAAGUGGACAUUUUGCAGAGGAAGGGUUCACGAAAUCUUCAUAUUUCAGAAACAUCCAAGUAGUUGACUGGGAUAACAAUUUGGUCCCUUCUCCGAAUCUCAAAGUACUUGCGGAUCAUCCCAAUUGUUACGAUAUUCAAGGUGGUUCUAACCGGGCUUGGGGGAGUUAUUUUUAUUACGGAGGACCAGGCAAGAAUCCUAAAUGCCCUUAAAAUACAAAUAUUUGAUUAGGGUUAAUUAGGGAUUCAUUUCAUUUCUUUGAAAAUUUAAUGGUACUGUUCUAGGUUAUAAGAGCUAUUUGCAUCAUUUAUUAGUUUUUUUUUUUUGGGUGGUUAUGACCAUUUAUGUGUAAAUGUGAAAAAGUAUAUUGGAGAGGAAAUGUACAAGUUAUAUAUUCUAAAAAUCAAACUGUGAGUGCCACAUGUUGUUAUACUUUAUA